AUGUCUGAUUACAAAAUUCAUGUCUUGCUACACCACCGCAACUUGCAAAGCCACAAGUUUAAGACUAGGACAUACAGAUUUUCGAAUCCAAGCCCAUUUCCAGCUGAACCGAAGCACAAAAGCCCACCGGGCCAUUCCCUCUUCCCGGCUUCGGAUUUGGACGCCGUCGCCGUCGCCGUCGCGGCGGCAAACCCCAAAAAAAUGGCGCCUCCUCCCCUAGACGACCUCACGCACCUGCUCGCCGAGGUGGCCUCCAGCCUCUCCCGCCCCCCCGGCGGCGCGGGCCCCUCCUCCGUCGCCGCCGACUCGCUCUCCGCCUCCAUCUCCUCCCUCGUGGCUGCCCUCAACCCCCGCGCCGCCGCCCCUGCCUCCUCCAGAACCAGGGUCCUCGACGCCGCGCUCUCCCUCAUGUGCUUCGACCCACAGGAGGUGGAUAGGGCUCGCCUGGGCUGCCUCGUCCGCACCGCCGUCUCCGCGCUCUCCGACUCGGCCUCGUGCCGAGUGGCCCGGACCGACGACCGCGCCGAGAUGCUCUGCGUCGGGAGCUCCAUCUCGCCCCGGGACUGCCGCGAGCUGGUCCGCUCUUGCGCCGCCCUCGUCGAGAAAUUGGGGGGCCGGGAUGUUGCGGGGCAUUCCUAUGAUCUGUUGCAUGCUGCUGUGAAAACAGCCUUGUUAUCCCCUCGUUACCAGUGUCUCUUUCCUUCGCCAUAUUACAGAGAAGAUGGAGAAAGCAGUUGCGAGAUGGGUACCAUUUCUCUGGAUGUAACAACCCAUCCAUCUUAUCAAGUGCUUCCCGAUGAUGGCUCAAUCCCGCCGAGGGUCCAUUUGUGGCAUUACGACCCAUCAAUUCUGAAACAUGAUCUUUCAGAGAUGCUACGAGAAGCAAUUACAAGGCCUUUGCUUUGUCUGAGAAAAGAAUUACAUGAUCGGGUAGCAUGGCGUGUGAUUGUAAUAUGCUUAGUUUGCUCCCCAUCAGCGUUCUUGGAGAUGUGGUCAUUAUUCCAUAUAUGGUUUCUUGCGACGGGUAUGGGUUCUGUGCUAGUACUUUGCACAGCAGUGGUAUCAUGAGUGUUAGAGAUUCUUCUUGAGCCUAUGGGAUGGGGAAUAUCCAUGGAACUGGGACAGAAAUGUCCCUUUACACAUGCUUAUUUCCCAAGCCAACAAAGGGAUUUACUUGCCAUACUAACUGGACCCAUAUCAUGCAGACGAUUUUUGGAUCUUGUUUCUUACAUAGAAGCUAUGGUUUUCUUGGGUGAAACAAGCAGCGACAACUCUUCAUGGAAAAACAUACAAUCACAAACAUCAAAAGGGUCACACUUUGGCAAGAAACAGCCACCAAAGGGAUUGGUCAAAUUCAAAUACAGUUCUGCUUGGUUGACAAUUACGAACUUCCCUACCUGGUUCAAUUUUGCCACUGCUCUACUAUUUCACCAGGAAGGUUCACAAGGUUAUUUAUCAGAAGUAUUAUCUGAGGAGAAAACUGCUGAAUCAAUAAGCGAUAUCAGUCUUGCUCAGAGGGCAGCAUUUUACCUUUUGUGGGUGUUAUGCCCUUCUAAUGUUGAUGAAUGCCAGUUGCUAGCUAAAAAUAUGGUGGAGCUAUCACAUUCUUGGGCCAGGAACAACAAAAGACGCCCAAGUUAUGCAUAUCAUACCAGUACAGUAAAUCACAGGAGGAGACUGUGAGUGGGAGCUCCUACUCGACGCAUUUUGCGUCAAACAGCGAAGCGACGCACGCACGUACCCCCCGACUGGGCCGGCCCAAAUAGAGGGUGAUGUAGUGAGCGCAUUGAUGUUAAAAAAAACGGAAAUGCAGGCAGAGUCUCUGUCACCAGGAUUCGAACUCAGCACCUACAACUACGGUCGGAGAGCAGCUAACCAGUUGA